AUGGCGACCACCUUGCGCGUCCGCCAGCUCAAGGACAAGGUGAAGCUCCAAGGCAAGGAGGAAGAGCAUGAAGAGGCCAACUCCUGGUCAAACCGGGAUCUCAUCCCACUACCGCCGUCUCGGAGAACCUGGGGUUGGUUCCACUACUUCGGCUACUGGACCAUCAACAGCUUGAACGUCUCAAAUUGGCAGAGCCCCAACACGUUUCUGACGUACGGCUUGUCCGUCCCUCAGUCUUUGUGCGUUAUCGUCGUCGGCAGGGCAUUGAUUUGCUUCUUCUCCACCUUGGUCGCUUGGUGUGGUCUUCGUUGGCACAUUGGCUUCACAAUUCAGAACAGAUAUACUUGGGGUCUGCGCGGAAGCUACAUCCCGCUUCUUCAGCGUAUCCUUCUGAACUUCAUAUGGUGUGCUGUCCAAUGCUGGAACGGAGGCAGACUGACUGCUGUCUGUAUCACUGCCAUUUGGCCCUCUUUUGCUACCAUGCAUAACACCCUACCCGCGUCCAUGCCUACAACUACUUACCAGUUCGUCGGCUUCAUCGUAUUUUGGUGCCUCUCGUUCCCCUUCCUUCUCGUGCGCCCAGAGCGCUUCAAGCUUCCUUUCCAGAUCACUUCCAUUUACUGCGGUCUUGGAAUGAUUUGCAUGCUUAUCUGGUCUCUGGCUGCCGCUAAGGGCGUCGGUCCGCUCUGGAGCCAAGGACAGACAAUCCCCUCCACCUCAUCCUGGAAUACUUCAUGGCUCAUGAUGAGAGGUAUCAACCAGAUGAUUGGAGGCAUUGCUGCUGGAAUCACCAACGGCUCCGACUUCUCCCGCUAUGCUCGCGGCCCGAAGCACUACAUCGCCGGCACCAUCAUGUCCGCCUGGAUCACCGGUACGCUCGUCAGUCUCGUCGGCCUUGUCGUCACGAGUGCCUGUCAGAAGCUCUACGGUGAGGUCUUUUGGAACCCUCCGGAUCUGCUCAUGCGCAUGAUGGACUCCGGCCAAGGAUCCAGCAAAGCUCGCGCUGGUGUCUUCUUCCUCGCGGCAGGAUUCGCGUUGACUGGCAUGUUUGAGAACGUGUGCGGCAACGCAGUGGCUGGCGGCAUUGACCUGGCGGGCCUGUUCCCGCGCUACAUUGAUAUCCGCCGUGGAGCCCUCAUCACAUUCAUCGCUGUCUGGAUCGUACAGCCGUGGCAGCUGAUCAACAAGGCCGCCACCUUCGUCUCCGUCCUCAGUUCUUUCGCCGUUUUCCUUUCUCCCAUCAUGGGCGUCAUGGUCUGCGACUUCUACAUCCUUCGCCGCGGCCGCAUCAAGCUUAGCCACUUGUACCGCACGCACGACACCGAUUACUGGUUCACCAAGGGGUUCAACUGGCGCGUGAUUCCGUGCUGGCUGGCUGGUUGGGCCCCCACUAUCGGUGGUCUGAUAGUUACCGUCCAGGAGAAGGAGGAUGCGCCGAAGGCUCUGUACGAAUUGUACUACAUGGCAUUCCUAGUUGGCUUCUUCGUCAGUGGUACUCUGUUCUUCCUCCUGAACAAGAUCUUCCCUUACGGCGGAUAUGGCGAAUACGAUCAGGUGGAUGUUUAUGGCACCUUCACGUCAAAGGAAGCCGCUGCAUUGAAUAUCAUUCCUACAACCGCAGUGGAAGAGAUUCAAGGAUACAGUCCACAAGUGGAGAAGGAACCACAGGAGACAGUUACGAGUAAAGAGUGA